AUGGGCAGAGGAGAAUCUGGUGGACCUGCCCAAGAAUUCAACGUCCAAGGAGCAGAAUCAGUGCUUAAGCAACUUUUCACUCUUACAACUAACUUUAUUCGGUCUCUUCCAUUUACCCGCCUCUGGGACUCUGAGUCAUCUUUUGGAGAUGAAGCAGAUGAGGACUUGGUGUUGUUUAAAGCAACCCUCCUCUCCGAGUAUGAUCCUUUCAUGGUCAACGCAGACGAAGGCCGUGUCCAGAGUAUCACAGCUGUACGGGAUCGACUGAUUCAAGCAAACUCAAAACGACGUGUUCGUCUUCAAAAAGCCCGGAAGCGCAGAGCUGAACCCAGAUCAGACAUUUCGCCCCAGCCGCCACAGGAUCAAGGCCCUUACCCUGUCUUGCCACCUCCAGUGGCCGCUGGUAGCAAGGUCUUUGAAUGUCCUCACUGUUUCGAGAACCUGCCGGUAUAUCUAGCUCGCGCAGGCCAUUGGAGAGAGCACGUCAUGGCUGAUCUUGCACCAUUUACGUGUGUGGUAUCGGAAUGCCAGCAUCCGAACUUGUUCUUCACUUCAGAGUUUGACUGGAGAUCGCAUGUGGAACGUGUACACGGCGUGCAGCGGUGGACAUGCUAUUACUGCGAGCCGUCUAUUUGGUUCGACAGUCUUGGAACCCUAAGAGCACAUCUGGAGGCGAAAAGAGCCGACAGGGUGCAUUCUACCGCUCUCGAGCUCGGGGACUCUGAAAUUUCGGCCGAGACGGCUAGUUGGCAGAUUGACAAGCCUUUAGAAUGCCCGUUUUGUCCCGAACUCGCCCUGAGGGAUCGUUCUCUAGAUCACAUCGCCAAAUGCUUGAUUGGUUUCGCCAUGAAGGCACUGCUAUAUAAUGAUACAGACAUCCGUAGGGCAACGACGGCAGUGCCGGUGUUACCCGUCGAAGCGUCGGAUGCAGUGGUCACCGUUGGUUUAGCCAUGCCUGUAGAGAGCAUAGCCAUGCCAAUUGAUCUGCUGGGUACCGAAGGUCAACCUGUUUCGGAUCGUCCGCAAGUCAUCAGCCCCAAGAAUCUGCGACAGACUUCGACUGGGUCUAAACGAUCCUCAAAGACUAGGCCAAAGCCUGACGGCUAUCACAGCCGUGGUAGCGCUGCUAGGAUAACUCUUCCUUUGGUGGUUCCGCAAGCUGUUGCACAGGGAUCAGCGCUGCCUCCAGAGUCAGUGGUGAUGAGCGGUGGCCCUCCGACAAAGCGGCGGAAGCUGAGUGAAGAUGACUUGAAUACUCGGAUCUCCUAUACAUCCUCAGUCUUGGCAACUAUCAACGGAUCUGGGCUCUCAGGCUCCACUGGUCGUAUUGUGGCGAGCGGAAAUACUACAAUGAGAACGCAGUGGGUUAGUGAGUGGGAUUCCGAAGGGUUGCCCUGGGAGGGAUGGGAAAGUUGCUAUCCCGGCUACACCGGCAAGAAAACCCAUAAACGACAAUCCAUGGUUGAAAUGGAGAAGUUUGAAAGAGUCGAGAAGCGCAUUUCUACUUGA